AUGCUGCUUUGGCCCCACUCUUGUUUUUUCCAACUAGUGACGCAAAUUGUUGCUAGCGAGCCACCAGUUGAACUUAGCCUUCUCGCCAGUGUGGUGCGACGCGCGAAGCAACGCGAGAUUGACGGCAUCAUGGCACAAACCUCUUCGUCCUUUGCCCUACUGGCGAAGGCGUUUUCAAAGAAACAACCUCCCGACCCGCGCGUUGACCGUGAAGAGAUUCAAGUGCCGACGUUCUUCAACUUUUUUUGGGCCGACUGGAUGAUGGUGCUGGGACCGUCGACGUAUUUGAACCUGCAGGUGCUGCCGCACGAAAAGUCGUAUCUUCUGGAAAUGCUUUUAUUGCAAGUCCUCUCCGUGCUCCUGUGGACGCUCGCGUGGCGGCUCGCCGACGACAUGCUAGAGCAUCGCAGUCGAUCUUCUGCCAUCGCGGAUCGUAAGAAACACGACUGGAAAAACCUUGACGACAAGCUAACUCGUACGGAAGAGGACAACAUUGGGUGCAGCAGCGUACAGGUUCAAGAUCUGUGUGUGACGUAUCCAGCGGAUAUAUCGCUCUUCAGUUCCUGUUUCGCCCGCAUCAGAAAGUUUCUUCGCUCUACUUGUCUGCCACGUAGAAGGACGAACAAGGUGAGGGGCACAAGUACCUCUGAUGAAGCUGCGUCACAUCAAGCUCGUACUUCUGAUGCGCAACACGUAACGGCCCUGCGCGGGGUGAGUCUGGCGAUUCAACCGGGCGAGCUCUUUUGUCUACUCGGCCAUAAUGGUGCGGGCAAGAGCACACUAAUCCAAGUUCUGACCGGCUUGCUGCAUCCGACAAGUGGCGGCGUCUCCAUCUUUGGGAGACGGUUUUUCCAAGAUUUUCGAAUCAAGACCGCAAUGUCCAGGAACCGAAGCUGUUGCGGAUCGAGGUCGACAAAAAAUCUUGAAGCCGCAUUAAAGCCGGACGAGCAGCUCGUUGGGCUUUGCCCGCAGCAAAACUUUCUGUUCGAGAAUCUCACGGUCCGCGAGGCCUUGACUGUGUGUGUCGAGCUUCGCAACUGGAGGAUUUUUCCGCGAAGUAAAAGCUCGUCUGCUUCAUCUUGUUCGCAGUUUUUGCAGCCCCUGAUUAAGGAUGUCAAUGCUGAAGUUGAGUUCCUGCUCAGCGAAGCCGGGUUUGCUUUUGAAGAUGAAAACAAACUUUGUUCGCAACUCUCCGGUGGAUGGAAGCGGAAGCUCUGCUGCGUGGUCGCUUUUUGCGGCCAGCCGAAGCUCGUGGUGUUGGACGAGCCGACUUCCGGUAUGGAUCCCCUAAACCGCCGAGUGACGUGGGACUUCAUUCUUCGGCGAAAACGGCUGGGGAGGACCGCGAUUCUGCUGACCACCCAUCACAUGGACGAAGCGGACCUUUUGUCGGACAAGAUCUGCAUCCUGAAGGACGGGGAAGUCGAGUGUCUCGGCAGUCCGAAGUUUUUAAAGGCGCAAGUCAACUCCGGCUACCAACUUGUUCCGACUUUCGUGGACACGGAAAAUUAUAAAGAUGACUCGGAUAGAAGUGCAAGUAGUGGCGACCGCGAGAUGAAGAUGGUGCAAGAAGAUGCGGAUGGAAAUCCUUACGCAUCAUGCGACGUCGACCCGAACAAGGCCAGUGCGCUGCAGUGCCUGGAGAGAGAAAUCGUAAAUUAUGCGGCGGAACAAGACAUGCUCAACGCUGUGGAUCAUCAUGAGGAAAGCAAGUCAUUUUUGACCUACCACAGCGAGGCUUUCUCCGCACUGGCCAUGUCUCCUGCAUGGGUCUCCAAGCUCAGAACCGACCAGUUUUGCAACCUCCUGCGAGAAAUUGAUCGCCGAAGUCGUCGCAUUGGCAACAUCGCACACAUAACCUUUCAUAUGGUCACCAUGGAGGACGUGUUUCUCAAGGUCGGCCGACGGGAUCGUUCUUUUCAAUGGCCUGCGGCAGAAGAUGUAGAUGUACGAGGUCGUACUUCAUCGGAAAACUCAGAUUUAGCGACGGAGAGGCCAGACGCGAUGGAGAUAGACGGCAGCGACGGAGUUCAUGAUCUAGGAGUGGUGGCUUCACGCACCGCCAGGUGUGGUGGGGAUGAGGAGGUACAGGAUGCGCUAAUGGAGCACUCAUGUAUUCUUGACGAUGAGUGCGACCCGGUUGUGGUUGUCGAAGACGAAGAACACACAGAUGAAACAGAGCGAGAGCUUUUGCUGGAAGAAAACCGGAGAAGGAAAGCAACGAAGGUGAGUGAAUUACGCCAAAGUUCGUCUUCCUGGUUUUCCCCUUUCGCUACUCUUUGCAAGAGCGAGCCGAGAACGUGGGUGUCCCAGUUUGGUUGCUUGUUUGGACGCCGCGCAACGCUGCUUCGGGCCCGACUGCCAUCUGUUGCCGGCCUUUUCGUUUCGGCUUUGAUUAUCGUGUUGUUUUCCACGUACACACUGUUUGUCGUGAGCCGCAUCUUCGUUCUGCCCGACCCCUACGGAAUCCGAUCCCUUCUGCAGCCCGGUUCCAGGAAUAGAAACCACAGCCAAAAUAACGGCGGUAGUGGAAGCUCCGAGACAACUUCUGCAGCGGGUGACAGUUGGAGCUCUCUUGUUGUCGAGGAGCACCUCGGCCGUUUGUUCUCUGAAGCCGAUUUACCUGCUCGGAUUCGCAGCCUAACUUCAUCGGAGCUAGCGGUGGCGAACCGCGUGGCGGGAUUUUUGUCCUCUUACUUCGUCCUCGUCACUGUUGGGGUCUUUAUGCUGUUCGCCCAGGGAAAUCUGGUGCAAAUCCUGUGCUUCCGCUACGUCACGCUGUGCUUGCGUGUUUUGGCCGAGGAUGCUCGCUCGGGUUUCCGCGAGUUACUUUUCGUAAACGGGUGCCGUACGUGGGUUUACUGGGCUGCGAACCUGCUGUUCGACUUCCUGUUUCUGUCGUGCAGCGUCACGGGCUUCUUCUUGCUUUUCCACUUCGUGCCGAUCGUGUUUGCGCGCCUUUUGAACUUCGAGGACGGAGCGGUAGCAUCAACUUUCAGUGCUGCCGGUGGCAAUCAAAAUAAUGACCCAGCUGGAGGAUUCGCAAGUCAGUACGACGGUUGGCAGUUCUCGUCGCCUUUCCUCGGUUUUCAAGUUUUCUACAACUUCAACCUAGACCUGCACUGCAGCGUGGUUCUCGCAGUGUGCGCUUUUCUCGUGUACCUGUACCUUCUGCACUUGGUAACGGAAAACGUCAGCUGUCCGCGUUUGAAGCUGAAAUAUUCGAAGAUCUGUGGUGCGCGUAAGUCGAGCCCUGACCGAGCUGUUUAUGAGGAAGAGGAAGACGAGCUGCAGGUGGACUCGCGACGACACCGCAAAGUUUCACCUGAGAAAACGCUGCAGUGUAGUGCCGAUUGCAGCACCAGUACUGAUCCCGGUUUACAAGAUGCAGACAACAUGUCGGCUCUUCUUUCCGACGCGGUUGAUAGCAGAAAAGAGAGCCAAUGGGAUGGCAGCUACCGCAAAAGUAGUCCAAAGAAGCCGUCAGCUCUGCGUUCCUGUUGUGCUACUCUUUUCAAAUCCGUCUGGCGAUCUUCUGUAUCAGCCGUAAACCAGUGCCCACGCAGGUGUUGCAGUUGCGCGGCACGCAUUUGCUGUCGGAAAGCGCACAAGGUCAAAGUGAAACGGUGUUGCUCCAGGUUUUGGUGGCAGGGUCGGAGAAGCACUGGCACCAAUGUGGCUGGCACGUCGGCAUCAACGCGCAGUUUAUUGAGAAGGAACAAUACGCAACAUGGGUGCACCAGACAGAGUCACGAGGAUGGUCAGAAGGCACGACAGCGCUGUCCAGCAAUAAAGUCAAAGUCGCACCACGCCCUGCCAUUCGCAACUUCCCACCUCGGGUCUGCUCAGCUUG